AUGCUCGAGGAUAAUGAAAAUGCAACCGGAGAUUGUUACAAACCACCAGGAGUAUUUUGUUCUAAAUUCGCCAGACCUGUCGAUGUUGAUAAUGUCGUUCUAUAUGAUACGUUGACCGAUCAAGAAUCUGCAAUUCGAACUCCUUCUAGAUUUGUUACCGGUGGUUAUUGGCAAAUUUUAUCGUCUUAUCAAACGUGGCAAUUUGGAAGAUGGCCGGUUGCUGUGACAAAUCCUACUUCGGGUGAUAUGAUAGCUACUUUACAAGGCUAUCUUUCGAUAAUGGUUCACAAUGAUAUAAGAAUCGAUAUAACAGUUGAUCGAGCAAUUCGUUUAGUUAAUAAUAGAAUAAAUAUGAAAUUAUCAAUCACUCCUUCGGGACGAAUAUCAGCUUUACUAUCCCCAACUGGAAGAAUGUAUCAGUACGGAAGUCGAGUCGAAACCGUAGGAUUUGGCAAAGGGAAAGUGAACAAUAAAUAUGCUAAAAUGUGGCACGGAGGUAUCAGUUUUACCUCGGAUACAUCGGCUUUGGUAUUUCUAUUGGACGAAGGUGGUACACGAUCGACGACCGAUACAUUCUGUGAUAUUGUCAGUUAUGAUUUUUCCAAAUCUGUUUUUUUCGCCGAAUCUUUACACGGGCCUCAAUUCGUAGACGAAUGCAUUACUUUACUCAACACAGCACGAUACACGGUGAAAAAUAACGGCGACGAAAAAUGGAUCAUUCAUGGAAUUAAAAUCGAACAAAACGCUGAUGGUUUCGUCAAAGUAAGCCGAGAUAAUAAUAGAAUUCAAAUGAAAACCAGUAUUAAAGGAACUAGUGGAAUUACUACGCCUUUUGUGCAUUGUACAGCAUCCGUCGGCGUUCAAGAAGAACCGAAGCAUUUAUUCGUACGACGAGGAGAAAGGCGAAUGCACUACGAUGGUGAAAUUUUUGUAGUUCGCAAUGGUGGCCAUUCGGCUGGGUUCGAUAGCAAUAAUAAAUUGACCGUUUUUUAA